AUUUUCUCAAACUUGAAGGGGGGGAAUCGUGUCUGCAGCUGUUGGAGCUUAUCAGCCGCGAAGGAGCAGUAGAAGCAUUUCAUUCAGAACAUGACUAAUCCACUGGAGAAGGUUGUGGCCCAGAAGAAGGAGGCCAUUGAGGCAGUGAUGGAUAUGUUUCAGAGGGGGGCCGAGGUGCUGGCCAGUGCUGUGGGUGAGCUCUUUCCUCUUUGCGAGGCUGCUGCUCCUGUCCUGCGUCUGGCCUUAGAUAAUGUUCAGAGCAAAGAGGUCUUCUAUGUCAAAGAACAGUUCCUGACAGUGAAGAACAAGCUUGAUGUGCUCUCGAGUCAGCUGGAAGACAUAGACUGCGAGCUCAAAAAGGGAAGACUGGACUCCCAGUACUUCUCUGGUGAGGAGAACAUUCGGAACCAGUUUAGGAAGUAUAUGGAUAUACUGGAAGCAAAAGAGCAGUUCAGGGAGGUGAAGAAGAGACUUUUUUUGGAGCACUUUGCCAAAACUGGAGGAGAGAAGAACCUGCUUGUGCUCUGUGAUGCUCUCAAGGGGACUAACUGCUUUGGAGAGCCCAUUUUAGAUGUAGUAGAAAGGUAUGUGGCACGGAACCGCCGCCUUCUGGAAGAUUUCUGUGUUCGGAUGAAGGAGCUUCUCUGCUUGGGUCUGAUUGCUCUUCUGGGUCACUGUGCCUUAACACAGGGCCAAGAAGAAGAGCAGGACAAAAUCCAAGAGUGGAGCAGCAAAAUUGAAGAAGUUGAGUCCAGGAUGAAGUCAGCCAUUGAGUCUUGCAUUGCUGCUUUUCCAGAACAAGCAAAAUUAGACACCGAACGCCUCCUAAAGGAAAACCAUGAAGAGAAUCUUCAGGAUUCAACUCAGCAGCUUUUAGAGUUCUUGGUGAAAAAGUACGACUGGGUCAGCUGGUCAGUGCGGCUCAUCAACCAUUCAGGCAGCACCUAUCGAAACUGGCGAGCAGGGGAGCAUUUUCAUCAUGUGGCAGGGCAGAACUGGUUCGAAGUGCUCCAGGUGAACAACAUCAACCUGGUGGUGUCCUACAGCACCAAACCGCAGCCUGUGCCCUGCGACUGUAUCAGGCAGGUGAUGGAGGGUCAGGGGAAGAAGGGAAAUGCCCCAGCUGUGGUGGAGGUGUUGGAGAAGCAGCUGUGCGGGUUUGUUGUUCAUGCAGUCAGUCGUCACAAGGAGUCCGCGGCUGCGUGGAGCUUUCCUGAAGACUGUCAUUACUGGGAGAGGCACAAGAAUGUGGCUGUGUGUGUGCACUCAGAGUAAAGCUGCUAGAUAAUCCAGGUUUUAAGAUUUUAAGGCAGUUUAUCCAAAUGAAGACAUUUAACAUUUUUGUUGCUAAAAGGAAAAUUGAUGAUACACUGCAUUGAUCAUCAGAUAAUUUAUAUUAACACCAAUCACACAAAUGAAGCAUUUUCAGGUAUUAAGCCCAGACCUAAUGCAUUAAUAGUGGGGGGAGAUUUAUUCAUAUUCUUGCUGAUUAUUUCCAGUCGAUCUACAGAUUAAAAAAUACAUUAAAGGGGUGAAGAGAUAAAAAAAAUUAAAUUGAAAAUAUUACAAAGCACUUGUUUGCAAAUAAUUACGUUGCUUCUAUGCAAACUGAGAUGCACC